ACAAUAGGUGCAAGAGGUAGACAAUGCGAUGAGCUUGUAUAGAUAUUGUAACAAUGCAAAUGAGGGCCAGGGGCAGAGCGCCUUAUUAUGUACAUAAAUACUCUCAGCCUUCACUGUGCCACCUUCUAUGCAAGUGAGGGAAAAGGCUGCUGCCAGCUAUAGAGAGGCAGGCACUGCUUGGCACCCCUGUGCUGCUGGUGUAUGUGAUGAGGGGAGCUGCCUGCCUAGCCCAAAAGCUGCAGCCCUAGAAAGAGCUCCAGGACCUGGGACCCCCAAAUGCCUCAAUGUAAGAAGGGGAUGUGAACUGUGCCAAGACUGCCAGCCACGGGGACAAGGUGUUGCAGCUUCUUCUGGUCGUUCGAGGGACUUUUAUAGGAAUUCACUUUCACUUUCUGACGCCUGAGUUCUAUAAGGCUGUAGGGAUUUGGGUCUAUUUGGGAGUGAGUAAUAACCCAUGAUGGAAGUGGCCACUGACCAGCCUCGCUGGAUGGCACACCAUGCCGUGCUCAAUGGCCAGCACCCAGAAAGCCACCACCCAGGACUGGCACAUAACUACAUGGAGCCAACCCAGCUGUUACCUCCUGAUGAGGUAGAUGUGUUCUUCAACCACUUGGAUUCCCAGGGAAAUCCUUAUUAUGCCAACUCUGCCCAUGCCCGUGCCAGGGUCUCCUACAGCCAAGCGCACGCUCGCCUGACCAGUAGCCAGAUGUGUCGGCCACACAUCCUGCACAGCCCCGGACUGCCCUGGCUGGAGAGCGGCAAGUCUGCCCUGUCCGCUGCCCAUCACCACAACCCCUGGACGGUCAGCCCGUUUGCCAAGACUCCCUUGCACCAUGCUGCCACUGGCGGCUCCCUGUACCCGGGAGGGGGAUCGUCGGGUGCUACAUCCACCUCUCACUCCAGCCCGCACCUGUUCGGCUUCCCCCCGACCCCUCCCAAGGAUGUAUCCCCGGAUCCCGGCAGUGCAGCCUCCCCCAACUCCAGAGGGGAGGACAAGGACAGUAUCAAGUACCAGGUGUCCCUGUCUGAGGGCAUGAAGAUGGAAAGUGGAAGCCCCUUGAGGAGCAGCCUAGGACAUAUGGGGUCUCAGUCCAAUACCCACCACCCUAUCCCCACCUAUCCGUCCUAUGUGCCGGCACCCCACGACUACAGCAGCAGCCUCUUCCACCCAGGCAGCCUAUUGGGAGGCCCAGCCUCAAGCUUCACCCCAAAACAGAGGAGCAAGAGCAGAUCCUGUUCAGAAAGAAAUCCGGUUUCUUCGUGUUUCCAUUUAGAAGGGAGAGAGUGUGUGAACUGCGGAGCUACGGCCACGCCGCUGUGGAGGAGGGACGGCACCGGCCACUAUCUUUGCAAUGCCUGCGGCCUCUACCACAAAAUGAAUGGUCAGAACAGACCACUCAUUAAACCCAAGAGAAGACUGUCAGCAGCUCGGAGAGCAGGGACCUGUUGUGCAAACUGCCAAACAACAACCACAACCUUAUGGCGACGUAAUGCAAAUGGAGACCCAGUGUGUAACGCCUGCGGACUGUACUACAAAUUACACAAUGUGAACAGGCCCCUGACCAUGAAAAAGGAAGGAAUUCAGACCAGGAAUAGGAAAAUGUCCAACAAGUCCAAGAAAAACAAGAAAGGCUCGGAGUGUUUUGAGGAACUUUCCAAGUGUAUGCAGGAUAAAACCUCCCCUUUCAGUGCAGCUGCCCUGGCUAGUCACAUGGCUCCAAUGGGGCAUUUGCCUCCUUUUAGCCAUUCCGGCCACAUCUUGCAGACACCAACACCCAUCCACCCUUCCUCUAGUUUGUCCUUUGGGCACCCACACCCAUCCAGCAUGGUAACAGCAAUGGGAUAAAUAUAAAUCCUUUAGAGACUGUAUAAGAGCAUGUGGGCAUUGCCUGGGUUGGCGCCCAGAGUCCUCCAAGAAGACAAUGUAGAACUGGCCUGCACCUCGUCUGUUGCAUCAGAUAGGCAUUCACAUUGGACUUAAACAGGACUCUUUGGUGGGACCAGAUAAGCACUUUCCUCCCCCUGGACUGGAAAAAGGAAUAAUCUGUUUUCCACUUACUGACCAACCCGCAGUGAAGGUAAAAAGGUGGACAUAGUGAGAUUUUAUCUUGUUACUUUCUUGUUUUGUUUUUAAAUUACUGUGAAUAUUGUAAAUACAUUAACGUCUCUUGUGGGUGGAAAAGACCCAGUGGUAGUUGAUGCUGGAUUUAUACUGCAGACUUGUUACAAAUGGACAACUUUAUAUAUAGAAAACAAAAUUAAAAUCUAAGGCUUAAUUUUAAAAAAAAGAAAAAAAAAAUAUUUAUUUUUUGCUCCUGGAAAUUUUUUUUUUCAAUCCGUCUCUGCCCUUGUCCUGGGGUCAUCUGGCCUGUGAGCUUUUGACUUUGCGCUGCCGCCCUUCUUGGACAAGACCACCACAUGACAUCUUUGACCUGAACUUAACCCUUCUGCUGCUGGAGGGUUGCUGGUGAAGAGGUUUUUGGACUAAACAACCAUGAAAGCAAACAAACAUUUAAAAUUGUUUUGUAUGGUUUUCUGUAAGUGCUUUCACCUGGUCCAAGAUUUUCAGGGCUUUUAUCAUUUAAAUUAGUUUUUUUGUUAUUUUUUAUUUUUAAGGUUCAUUGGCUCAGCUCCCUGACAUUCUUGUGUUUGCACAUGCCAGAUUUCCUUUCAUUCAGAUAUGUUCUCCAUCUAACACAGAGAUAUUUCUAUCUAUACUCCUGAUGUUUUAAUGAAUGCAGAAUGGCUUCUUCUAUAUGUGCCCUUAAGUGUUAGUUUAUUGAGUGACCAAGAGUUUCAGGGCAUUGAGACAUCUCAGAUUCUGUUAAGCCAUUCUAAAAAAAAAACUAAAAAAAUCAGUCCUCUGCAUCCCCAUAUCUAUCAUUUAGCAGAAAGUUUUAUAAAACUGGCAAAUCAUUUUACAUUGUUUUUGAAAUCUCAAUAUAAUAAUGUGAAAAUGUAUCAUAUGCUUGCCCCUUCCCAAAUAUAUUAAUGUUAACAAUUUAAUAUCACAUCAUUAUGUAAAUAUUAAUUAUUAAUCUAAGGGCAAAGCUGGGUGGAGGAUAAAAUACAGCUGUAUACAGCAAAUAAACCCAUCCAUAUAAAAAAAAAAUGUUUUUCAAGGAAUAAUCUCUCCUGUUCCGACAUUUAUAUAAUAAAUAUAGAACACACAUAAUUAGAAAAAAAUAAAAUGAAGGGCCAACGUGUAUGAGGGGAGGCUUAAGUACAGAUGUCAUCAGGACAGGGAUAGACGCACAUAAGGAAGACGGUUAUUGAACAAAAAAAAAAGGUUUGGGAUUGCGCCCUAAGGUCCUUUAAAAUUUCUUUAAACUCCUAUCAGCCAGGAAACACUUCAGUUAUUGUCCUGAUAUCCUGGCUGUGUGAGGUUAACAUUCAUGGUACAAGCUGUACAUUAUUUUGUACCUUUUAUUUUAAUUUUUUAUUGGGGUUGGAAGGGUGGGUAUCUGAAGAAAAUAUUACUGAUACAAGAAAAAAAUAAAAAUAAAUAAUGAGUGCAAUAUCUUGCCAGCCUACAGUUCAGUCUGAGGCCCGGAAUAAAUUAUUUUGUAUCGGUAGCCGCAUAAAAUUAUACAGUAUUUUUUUUACCUUGUUUUGUUUAGUGACCUUAAGUUAUUGUUGAUUCUGUACACCAUGUUUAUAUUAUUGUCUGUAAAAAGUGUAUGCUAUCCUCCUAUUCAAUGAAGGUGAAUAUUAAGAAUAAAAAAAUCAACUUUUU